AUGGCGUCGAACGUAUUCAAGCGUAUGCUUGCGUGGAAGUCCUCUCAACCUCAGAAGGGCCAAAGCUUGAAACGGCCUUGCGAUGCUCCACGGACUCCUCGCAGCUCGUCUAUAUGGCUCCCUUUAGAAGUCUGGGAGGAGAUCCUCAUGCAUAUCGACGACCAACAUCACCUCGCCAACGUCGCGCUCGUAUGCCGCAGUCUUCGCGGCCUUGCACAAGAAAUCCUUUCGUGUCGCAAUAUAUGCGCAGAUACCCCAGAAUCCUUGCGCGCACUGUGUGGGGAUGCCACCACGUCCCGCCGCUUUGCGAACAUGGUCCGCCACCUCACCAUUCGGUGCCACUUUGAUCUGGACGAUGCCCUUAUCCAGGCCCUGACGCUAGCUCUGAGGGCUUUUCAGAAUCUCGACGUUCUCGUUCUAGACAUCCCGGCGUUUCAUUGCGCAGAGAAGUGCGUGCAACACGGGCUGCUCGACGCCCGCCUGCCUACCCUCACCACCCUGCAUACGACUCUCUACGUUUCUUCCCAACUGCUCGAGUUCAUCGCUGCCCAUUCAUCUCUCACUGAACUCUCCCUCCUGACUCGCAAGUCCGAAGAGGCGAUCACGGAUGCGUCACGACCACAGAUAAUUCUCCCUUCGCUCCGGAAACUCGGGUGUGAUGGAUCCUUUCUGCACUACUUCCGUAACGCCUGCACGCCGUCGCAACUCCACCUUGUUACGUGCACUGUCGACCAGCUUGAGAUAGCGUCAACCGCCUUCGGCCCCUACUUACGCCGCUUGCACUUCAGCCAUGUGCGCACAGCGGAUCAUCGACCUCAUUGGACGCUACAAUACUUUCUAAGCUCACGGUUCCCCCGCCUGGAGUACCUCCAGACGUGUGUCAACGAUACGGUCUACGCGUGCGAUGUCAUCGACUGGCGUAGCAAUCCUACGCCCCCGCUUCGAUGCAACAGGUCUACGCGACUGACAGUUGCAUGGAUACUGAGCCCUAAACUCUACGAGAGCCCUAACUCGUUGCACGAGCUGCUGCACUCCGACGCUCUUCACGUCCUCCGCACCUGGGCGCCGUACGUCGACCAAGUUGUCUUUGGCAGUGGCCCCAAGCUCAUGGCUGCCGCAACGCUGAGUCGAGACCGCACUUCCCUCGUCCGCCGGGAGCUCGAGGACGCACAGGGCGGCAAGCCGGACACACCGUGGUUCAUCCCCUUUCCCAAAUACCUCCUGCCCUCCACUUCUGGAUGUGCGCAAUCGAUAUACGCCCACCCCUCAUCAUCGCAAGGGCCGAAGACUCCGACCGGCCUCAUAAGCCACAACCCCAAACCAUCCUCCUGGGAACCCCCUGUUCACAACAAUCGCAAAAGACCGAGGUCUGAAGCGUUCCAUACGUCCGAGGAUUGCAGGGAUAGCAAACGAGCGAAGGCGGAGGCUCCAGUGCUACAAGCAACUGCACUUGUAUCGUCGCUAUAUGAAGCACCCGUGUCCCCGAAAAAUGACACAAAACGAGAACCCAGCUCAUCCGGAUGGGCGAACAACUUCUUCGACGACGAUCCGUGGCUAGCAGACCUCGCUUCCCCCAAUGAGAGACGAUUUCUGCCCCUAGCAGCGUACGAAGGUCUGGACGCCUGGACCGGUGAUGCCGUCCAACACAGCAGCAACGGGGUCGAGUCUGUGAAUUCUGAGCCUGCAUUUGAAUACGCAUCCUCAUCGAAUGCCGGCAACACCUCUUUCGCAGAGGAGCUCAAUUCCUACCCCUCCACUUCAAGUGUGGAGUAUAUCGACCUCUACGACGGCAUCGCAGAAACCUUCGUCCCAUCAUACACCAAAUCGGUAAUCAGCGAAUUCUGGAAACGCACGCGCAUAACGGGCGUCGCCCCCGCCCAGCCGCGGACACUCGCGGACCGACAACGGCUUAAGGCGAGCUUCCGCCCUGCAAGACCAUCGCCGCUUGGCUACGAGGAACCCGAGGAGAUCGAUCUCGAGUCGUGGUUCACGAUGUCGCAGGACGACCUCUAUAUCCUCGCGAACGUGGACCGGGCCCUGGGUGGGCGCGUUUGA